AUGACAAUUUCCAUCGAAUCGUGUCAUUUAUGGGCAAUCGAACGCAACGUAUUUCACGCGAUAAUGAUGGAAUCAGCACGUGAGAAAACAAUGACAAUGAAGAGAUAUCUGAAAUGGUCGAAUCGUUUCUGUGGUUAUCCAGAAGAAGUUUUGUUGAGAAUCGCCGAAUUUUGUACCGAAAUGAGAUAUGAGGCAAGGGAGGAGUUGGUGGUGAAGCCGCAAAAAUUCGUACAAGUCAAAAAAUUGAAAUGGAUGCGAGGGACUGGAUAUUGGAAUUCAGAUGAAUCAAAUCGAAUAAACAAGGAUAUCUGGAUUCUGGAGGGUCGUCAGCAGUUUUUGAAAACUGAUUUUUCAUCAGAAUUCGAUUCUCUAUCGAUUCUGCUAGGUCUCGUUGCUGGACUCCAAAGUCAGUCCUGA